AUGGCCGACAGCAACGACGAGACCACGGCUCGAGGCAACACCUCGGCCACCUCGGAACUGCGCAAGGGGCACGGCACAACCAGCGAGCGCGUACUGCACGACCUGCGCCGCCAGCUCGCAGCCACCACUACCAUCACCACCGGCGAGCAUACAGCGCUGCUUCCGCGCGCCCACUUUCCCGCAGACACCAUCUCCCCAGGCCGCAGCUACCUGGCCUCCCCCGUCUCGCGCCGCAAGGCCGACCUCGUCCUGCUCUUCUCGUACACGGGCAACACCGUGUACGUGGGCCUCGGCAUCGCGGACCCGGCGGCCUCGACGCGCUGGAUCAAGUCGCUGAUUUCUAUCACCGGCUUCUGCGCGGGAUCGUUCUGCUUCAGCCGGUUUCACGCGCUGUUUGGGGGCCCGUCGAGACGGGUGCGCGGGGUCCUGGUCGCGAGGGUGCUUGUGCAAUUCUUGUGCAUCGUGGCUGCGGCGGUCAUUGUGACGGUCGCGCCCGACACGGAGCCGGGGAAUGGACAUCAUCUGCACUGGCAUGUACUGGUGCCGCUGGCCGUCGUCAGUUUCCAGAGCAGCGGGCAGGCGGUCAUCAGCCGGGCGCUGCGGUACAGGAGUCUGACCAGCGUGGUGCUGACGAGUAUCUACUGCGACCUGUUUUCGGACGCCAGCAUCUUCGCCGCGAACAACGCCGACAGGAACAGGAGGGCAGCCGCGCCGGUUCUGUUGCUGGUGGGGGCGCUGGUGGGGGCGCUGGUGGGCGGCUUCUGGUCGAGGAGCGAGAUCAGCAUGAUGGGCGCUCUGUGGACUGCGGCGGCUUUGAAGUUGUGUAUUGUGGUGCUGUGGCUUGUAUGGAAGGCGGAGGACACAGAGGGGGACUCGGACCCGUAG